AUGGCCUUUCAGGAACUCCUGGAUCAAGUCGGAGGCCUGGGAAGAUUCCAGAUCCUUCAGAUGGUUUUAAUUGUAAUUGCCCUCGCCCUAGCGUACCCUCAUAUUGUAUUGGAGAACUUCACUGCAGCUGUCCCUGGUCAUCGCUGCUGGGUCCACAUCCUCGACAAUGACACUGUCUCUGGUAAUGACACUGGGAUCCUUAGUCAAGAUGCCCUCCUGAGAAUCUCCAUCCCGCUGGACUCAAAUUUGAGCCCAGAGAAGUGUCGCCGCUUCAUUUAUCCCCAGUGGCAGCUCCUUCACCUGAAUGGGACCUUCCUCAAUGUGAGUGAGCUGGACACAGAGCCCUGUGUGGAUGGCUGGGUGUACAGCCGAAGCACCUUCCUUUCCACCAUCACAACUGAGUGGGACCUAGUAUGUGAAUCUCAGUCACUGAAUUCAGUAUCUAAAUUCCUGUUCAUGGCUGGGAUGGUGGUGGGCUGCAUCCUCUAUGGCUACUUGACAGACAGGUUAGUGUCUCUGGUCCACAGCUCUCUCUGCUA